AUGGAAACAGUCGAAACUCGUCGUAUGAAAUUUGGUAUCUUUAUGACACUCCAACCUCCGUCAAUCAUUUGUUACUUGGCUUCAAUUCACUAUAUUUUAACUCAUCGAGGUACAAGACAAGCACUUCAUCAUCAUGGUCCAUUGGUUCUGCUUUUCGUUGGAUUAUUUACUGUUAUAUUUGAUCUCUCUAUGAUUCUUGAUUUUUUACGCACGGGUUUUGUUACUCCAAGGAAUGAAGGUUAUUGCAGUCCAGCUGAACGACGUAAACGUCUUCAAAACCUAAUAUCGUCUUUAUAUGAUAAUGAAAUUGCAAAGGUAUUACGUAAAAAUGAAGAAGACGAUGAAAGAGUUGAAGACACAAAAGAAUAUCAUGAAGGGCUUGAUGAAUUACAAACAGCACGAUGUUGGAUUGCAGAAUAUUCCUUGUCAAUGCAAAGAGCUAAAGAACAUAUUGAAAAAUUAAAAGAAUAUGUUGCUAUACCCGAAGUAUAUCGAACAGCUAACAUUCAAGGUUUAUAA